AUGAUCGAAUUUGGGCAAGAAGUAUUGAAGACAUCAGUGAUGAUGAAAGAUACCGAGAGAUGGUUUACAAUGCAACAUGUAUUGGGGUUUUCGUCAUGUUUACUGCAAAAAAAACUACUUUGGGUGCUAAAAGAACAUGGACAGUCUUGGGAUGGUGCUUAUUUUCGUGACACUAUCCUUCGACAACAGGUGAUCCCAUUUCUUCGUGAUUCGUCCAAUGUUCUCGAUACGAACGAAGUGAUAUUUCUUCACGACAAGGCACCUUGUAUGAAAGCGAAUGCAACACAACAUCUUUUAGAAGAUGAGAAUGUGAAUUUCUGGGGAAAUUCAAUUUGGCCAGGCAAUAGUCCUGACAUGAAUCCUGCAGAAAAUAUUGGUGCAAUUAUUAAAGAUAAAGUUGAGGAACUAAUGGCAAAUGAAGAUCGUCGUAGCAGAUACAAUUACGAUGCACUGAAAACGAAUUUGGAGAAUACGCUCAAAGAUCUUGAAAAUGAUACAGAUCUUUUUAUUGACUUGUUAUGCUCGAUGCGAAAAAGAUUUGAUGCUCUCAAGGCUGCUGAUGGGGGUCAUACGAAGUUCUGAAACUUUCGAAAAAGCAUUUUUUAGUAUUCAAUAUUAUCAAUAAACUGAAUAAUUAAUGAUUCACAACUUAAGUUACUGUUGAGCACAACGGCUUUUGACGUACUCGAGAUUGUGAUAUAUAAGUGAAAAUGAUGUAUUGAGCCUAGAAUCGUUAUAAUAUUACAAACUAUAUUUGUUCUGGCUAUACCACUAGACGUAACUUUUUGCGGGCUUUCAUUUGGUAUAAAAUUGUUGGGGGUACUAUUUGGUCUUUAGGUCUGGAAGGGGGGCGUAAUGGUUUUUUUACACCCUGUAUAUGUUACGGUCAAAAUUGGAAUCUGGUUAAAUUCUAAAUUUGCCCAGUCAAAAUUGGAAUUCUAAUUUUGCCCAG